AUGUUUGCCACUUCCAUCCUAUGUUUGCUUCUGAGCGUGAUCUCCACCGCGGCAGCGCCAGGGCACGCCAGAGAUGACGACAAAAUAAAUGGCAUGAACAUUUUUAUGACCAUGGCGUGGCAAGUCGCGAACCACAUUGGCCCCAACUCCAGCUGCUACGUGUGCGGCUUGAUGCCUUACACCGCGGGAGAAGGGCUGCCUCUCAUGGGUCUGCCGGCUUCAGAUUGCGACACGUGCCAUCUUCUCCACGUCCACGCCCCGCGACCGUACGCACACCCGGAUUGUCCCAAAAUGUCUAAAAUGCGCCCGCUGAACUGCUCGGUGGCGACCAACAACUGCAACAAGUGUGCAGAACCCCCCAAGCCCGUUCCCGUACAGAUUAUACCCCAGCGAUUCCAGUGGUGCCUGGAAAGCCACGGUAAGACGGAGGUGGGCGAGUCGGCAUGUGUGCGAACUUUUCGGUGGGAGCCAGAACAGGUCACGAAAGAGUUCCCUGCUUCAAAUGUGCCGCCGGACCAGUGCUUGAUUGCGGCCGGUGCGGAUCAUCUCAGUGCCUUAGCUCACAGGACGGCGACCUGCUCCAUCUCGUCUCCGGUUGGCAUGUACUGGGUGUGUGGAAACCUGGCGUAUCCGUACCUCCCCGUGGAUUACAACGGCAGAUGCGGCUUGGCGUACGUGGUCCCGGCCAUGCGCGUCGCUCACAGACUCCCCAAGGAAACGCAACCGAAGAGAAUCAAACGCGGAACUUCUGAUAUCUUUGGGACGCAUCACCAAUCGCCGAUCAAAAACAUCCUGGGGCCCCUUCUUCCCUUCUACGGCGUCAUGUCUGCGCUGGAUCAGAUCUCAGACUUGUCCCACGCCAUAGAGGCCAUAGCCAACGAAACCGGCAGGGCGCUACAGCUGAUGUCAAGUGAGCUGGCGUCCGUCCGGCUGCUGGCUUUGCAGAACAGAGCGGCUUUGGAUUUUCUCCUGGCAGCGCAAGGAGGGACAUGCGCAGUCAUCGGGCAAGAGUGCUGUACGUUUGUGCCGGAGUAUAACGCUACCAUAAAUGAUAUUGUGCAGCACUUGUACAAAACGGGCGAGUCGGUUCAGCAGAAAAGCGCGCCGUCGUUGUUUGAUUGGUUGAUGCCCACUUUUGGCUCAUUCACGCAUCGCAUUGUGGAGGGUUUGAUUAUUGUGGUUGCGGCCAUAGUGGUUCUGUCUCUGUUUGUAUCAUGUGCCAAGAAGUUCCUUUGCAAUAUUUCCUGA